CCCCACUCCAAAUCCCACGCCAUUUUGAUUUUUAUCCAUUUCCUUUUGCCUUUUUGUCUUCUCUUUCCUAGGGUUAAUACACUUUCUCUGUGUUUUUUCUUCGUUUUCCUUUCUCUUCAAAACCUUUGCCUUCAACGCUCUAAGACAAGAGUCAAUGGCGGAUCAGGAGGUACAGAAUGGAGGAGCGGAGAAGACCGUGGCAGCCGUGGUGUUCACCGCUGUGAAGCCGCAGCUUUUUGUGGAGGCGCCCAAGGCAAACGACGCCGUUCAGUUCUACAAGUCUGCCUUUGGUGCUGAGGAAGUUUCCCGUUCCACGCACUCAAAGCGCAAGGCCGAGCAAGAAAUUCCUCUCAUCCUCUCAGCUGAGCUGAAGCUAGCUGGCUUCUCCUUUCUCGUCUCUGACCUUGUUGCUGAUGACUCCUCUGCUCCUGUGAAGAGUGGUGGAAGCGGUGGGAUUGUGCUGUGUCUGGAGACUGAGGACGUGGAGGGUGCUGUUGCGAAGGCCGUGAGCGCCGGAGGCGUUGUGGAGGGUGAAAUCGCUGAAGGUGACGGCGCGUGCUGCGGUGGGCGCGUCGGGAAGGUCAAUGAUCCGUACGGCUUUGUCUGGCUCUUCUGCUCUCCAAGCAAGAAGUGUGCUGCCAACGUGGAAGCUUAGAAACCAUCGGAUUGGGGGCAGAGGAUCAAUAUGAUGAAGAAUCUGAUCUGAUUUUCACUGUGUUUUUGGGUUUAUGUUUUUUUUUUUUUUUUAAAUCUUUUUGGAUUAUCAAGUGGUGGGACCUCAGAGUAUCAGCCAAAGAAAAAAAAAAAAAAGGUUCUAGCUGUCAGGAUUAGGUGAUUAUAGUAGGGGGGAAUUAGGCUUACUAUUGAGUAUUUUGAUACGGUCUCUCGGUCAUUUUGAAAAAUCGGAAACAAGCUUAACUUUGUGAUAUCAUUAACCGACAGCUGUUGGUCCUUUGACUACGUUAUUUCUAUCCACUAUAAUUCUAGUUUUUUAUUAUCUAUAUUUUUCUUUUUGUUCUUA